CAUGCAGCUCUCCUUAAAGAUAUCUAGACGAUAGCCCCCAAGGUCAAAGCUUUACGAAUGUAAUAAGAAGUUCUCUGAUCGACGGACUACUAACAAACAUUACCAGCUCUUUUGAUGUUUUCCUACCGACUUCUUUUGAGCUCAAAUUGAGGUUCGCGCAGCCGAUACCCAAGAAUUACGUAGACAAAACCCGGAGCUUUGGUUCAAGCAACGUCGCGAUAUCAAGAUGUCGAAAGCCGACCAUGGACCCGCUGACGAAGCCCCUACACAGCAGAUCUCAAAGCGAGACAGCAACCUACGGCUCAUUUCUAGCCCACUAGUCAGCGAACUGGAUGAAAAGUCUCGAGACAGAGUCCAAUCGGCAAAGUUGACUUUCUAUGGCGGGCCUGAUGUCGAAAAUCUCGGCUUGCGAUACAAGGAUGAUGAUAGUUACCCGGAGUUCAUAAAGCACGCUAAUUCAACCAAUUAUGAGCUAUUCUACGAUCUUUGGUUUGUUGCCAAUCUCGAGGUUUUCUCCUCAUCAAAAGGCGUCAGCAAGGAAUCCGACUUAUACGCCUACGUCGGCUACCUGAGCAUCCUGUGGUUUACUUGGUUUAAUGUUGGAAUGUUCGAUGUCCGUUUCGUGACAGACAGCUUAUUCGAACGCAUAAUCCGUACAGCCCAUCUCGGUGUCAUGGUUGGUUUCAGUAUCGUUGUCACAUAUUUCGACCCCAACGAUCAACAGCAAAGCCCAUUCCGGAUAUUGUCUUACAUUCUCAUGGUAUCACGACUUGUUCUUGUCAUACAGUACUGUACUGUUCUUUGGCACAUCCGUCACUAUAAGAAAGGCAAAGUGCACAUCGCAAUCGCUGCGUUAGUGCAUUUCAUCGCCGCUGUCGUCUUCCUCGGCAUUAGUUUUCGAUUCGAGGAAGGCAGGAACAGCAGAGUCUACAUCGUCUGGUACAUAGUCGCAGCUUGCGAAGCACUCAUACAGCUGGGAUUUGCCAAAUUUUUCAAAGUACUCACGUUUGAGAAGACUCACUUAACUGAGAGAAUGACGGUCUUGACUGUCAUCAUCCUCGGCGCUGGAAUCACGAGUAUUGCGAAGAACGUGGUCCUGAUUGUCAAGAACGCUGCCGGGUGGACUAGCGCUACUAUCGGUGUCCUGACUAGCGCCAUUGCCACAAUGUAUUUCUUCUUCAUGAUCUACUUCGACUGGAUGAAUCACCACAACCUCUCGAGUUGGCGCCAGCUAAUUUGGAGUAUACUACACUUCCCUUUCCACGUUUGUCUCCUCCUGUUCUUGGAGGGAGCGACCCAAUUCAUGAUUUGGUGGAAAGUUAAUGAACUCGAAAACUAUGUGGAAGAUCAGUUCUUGGGAAUGAUCGAUCGACUCUCUGAUGGCGAUACUUACAUUACUAGCGAUGUAAUUGUAAACGAGCUUAACAAAACUAUCACCGGUAUUUUUGAAAUAUAUCCCACGAAAUACAUCCUGACCGAUGAGCGAAUCUCAUUUCUUCUGGCCGAUGUUAAAAGCCUGCCCCAAGGUCUAUGGGACAAUGGCUCAGCGCAAUACCUCAAGGAGGAGGAUCAAUUUCAGUAUGACCUUGUUGAGCUGAUCUACGCCAUCAUCAACUCACUUUUUGUCAACUUCAACAUUGACCCAUUCGUGGAUAUGGGACCGACGGACUCAAACCUUUUGCAAGACCAAGCACUUACCGAGAUCAAUGAGCGCUAUUAUACGGUUUUCCAAUAUGCAUAUAUUACCGCCGGCUUAGUCCUGAUGUUGAUGACUAUCAUGUUUGCGGCUACCAGGAAGCACGGCUGGACGCCGUUCGUCAUAUUCCGGACUGCACUCUUCGGACUCAUGGGUCUUGGCCUCACACUCAUUGAACUCAUCUCCCAGAACGAGCAACGCAGCCUCAACUACUUGUUUACCCCGUGGCUUCUCCCUACAAUCUGCAUCGUAUUCUUCGUAGUAUUAUUACUGUAAGUGUACAAGACAAGGUGGUUCCUCUAAUUUUCCCUUAUUAUUCAAUUAAAUCAGAACUCGAGAAUCCUCCUCCUGAAGCAUUCCGAGGAGAGAGAGUCUGUGGCCACAAAGAGCCG